AUUUAUGUGACUCCAUCCAUGUUUUUAAUCGAUUACAUACUCACCACACAGCAACACUCUAUCGCUCUUCUAUAACUGUUUUUUAUUUUUUUUCUUUCCAAAACCAAAACCAAACGACGCUUAGCUUUGACAAUGGUGGCGGUGACAAAUCAUGAUAUGGGUUCACGACUUCCAGCAACCAAUUUUCCGUCGGUGCCGGAGGCUGAGUUAGAGACGAAGCCGGAGACUGAGACUGAGACUGGGACGGAGCAAGAGGCAUUGCCUUGUUCGAUAUCUUGUACUACUUUUAAUAUCCUGGCUCCCAUUUACAAAAGACUGGACCCUCUGAAUCAAGGCCUUCGAGAGAGUGAAUUUAAAGCGUCCUGGCUUGAUAGGAACCAGAGGAUUUUAGAUUGGCUGCUUUAUGAGUCAUCUUCCAUUAUAUGUUUACAGGAAUUCUGGGUUGGAAAUGAAGAGCUUGUGCGUAUGUACUCGGAGAGGCUUCAUGAUGCAGGCUACACAACCUUCAAGCUUGGACGAACCAACAACCGUGGUGAUGGUCUGUUGACUGCUGUGCAUAAGGAUUACUUUAGUGUUCAACACCACCGAGAGUUGCUGUUUAACGACUUUGGAGACCGUGUUGCUCAAUUGUUGCACCUUCAGUUAAAUGUACCCAUUUGGCAAAACCAAAGAGCCAAUUUUGAACGAGAAAUUCUAGUUGUGAACACUCACUUGUUAUUUCCCCAUGAUUCUAGUUUGUGUAUAGUGAGAUUGCAACAGGUGUACAAAAUUUUGCAAUACUUGGAAUCUUAUCAGAAAGAAAAUCAGCUCAAUUCCAUACCCAUCAUGCUUUGUGGUGACUGGAAUGGAAGCAAACGGGGCCAUGUAUACAAGUUCCUAAGGUCCCAGGGAUUUGAAUCUACGUAUGAUAUAGUGCAUGAUAUAGAUGCUCACAAGUGGGUUAGUCACCGAAAUCAUAGGGGAAACAUCUGUGGUGUUGAUUUCAUAUGGCUUCGUAAUCCUAAUACAUCUCGUAAACCACUAAAGACUAGUUGGGGAGAAGCAGUUUUUAGUAUACUAAAGUAUCAACUUCGGAAAGCUUCGAUGACUGAACAUGAUGCGUUUGCCUUUUUAAAGGGUGACAAUUGUGGUGAUUUUAUUACAUACUCGGCUUUCCAUGAAGCACUCCGCCAGGUUAAUUUGAUUGGUGUACCAAGUGGACUGAGUUUCCAAGAAACAAGAGAUCUCUGGAUACAAGCAGAUACUGAUGGGAAUGGUGUCAUCGACUAUGAAGAAUUUAAGCAGGGGAUUUGGAGUGCAAUGUCUUUGGAUCGAGAAGUGCAAGUGGAAGACUAUAAUGGGAAUCUGGAUAGCUCUAAACAAAGCACUGAGGAAGGAGCAUACCUUGGAUUUAAAGUUCAGAGUGCAGCUUUCUUUCCUCGUGAGGUGGAGAAGGGACUAUGGCCUGAGCAUUACUCGCUUUCCGAUCAUGCUCGUCUCACUGUUGUGCUUUCACCAGUAAAGAUGCAAUGUUCUCAGUCAAGAAGACACCCUUUACGAGCGAAUUAGUUGACACAAAAUAUUUUAUUUUGUUUUCUUGUAAAGGAAAGUAAACACAACACGGGAGAAACUUGGUAGAUGAAUUAAGAAUAGAGUUUGUAAAAAAUGUGUACAGGCUCGAAAAUGGCAAAUCCCAUUUUGUACUACUGCUCUUGUUUUGCUUAGUUUGGAAUUGGAUUCUUUAUGUGCAAUUUUUCACGGCCCAACAGAUAAAGAAAGACAGCUAAAGAAUGAUGAAUUAUGUGUUUUAUUAUUAAAAGUUGUUUUUCGUUUCAGUCUCAAGUCAAGCCAAUGUAUUUAUAUUUUUUUGGUUU